AUGGAGGACCACAGAAGAAAGUGGAAUGUGGAUGAGUAUGAACGUUUGACUCGAGAAAGAACACAAAAUAAAGAGAAAGGAAGAGCAGAAAAAACUCCAGUUAAACUAGGGCACUACUGCAGUGUCUGUGAGUGCAACGUCAAAUACAGCAUGAGCUUUUUGGACCACAUCAACGGAAGGAAACAUCAAAAAAAUCUCGGCAUGUCGAUGAAACUGGAGCGAUCAACUUUGGAUCAAGUGAAAAAACGAUUUGAAACAAACAAAAGGAAGCGCGAAGAGGAAAAGAAGCAAUACUGUUUUGAGGAAAGAGUAAAAAAGUUGAAGGAAGAUGAAGAAAUAUGGAAAGAUGGUGAUAUGAGUUCUAUGAUGGGAUUUUCCGGUCUAUGA